AUGACUGACAAGACAUUUUUCAUGACUGUCUCAAUGCUUGCCUGGGUAUUCGGUAACUUGGUUGGCAUGCUUCUCGCCAUCGAGUCGUACAGUUACCGCCUCGCCGCAUCCGAAGCUGAUAUGCGGGCGAAGAUUCUCCGGGACCUCUUGAACACUCCGGCAGAGAAGCGAUCCGAGCGAGUUUUGGAUCUCUGUUUCUUUGCCAUCACAGAUUAUAUCACUCCCCGAAUAAGGCCCCGUUUCUUCACACUAGCCACAAAAUAUGCCGAUUUUAAUAAUGAGGAAUUACUGCAGCAUUUGGAAGAACGAAUGGCAGCAGCUGCCAAAGGAUUCGGUAUGGAUAUAGGAAUCGGAAGCCGGAGCUUGGUGCCUUUGAUAAAGGUGGAGGGGAAACAAUUGGUGAAAGCAAUGAAGAAGAAGUGCAAGUGGUGA